AGUGGUGCAUUAGAGCAACUUGAAUUGAAACUGAUCCAACACAACCCCGUUUUAACCGGAGUUUUUACCAAACCAAGUUAGAUCGGAUUUAACUGUAACAAACAGACAUAAAAAACGACCAAUGCAGACCGACAUAUGACGGUCGUAAUCCAAAUUGUUCAUAUAUUUUUUUUGUCUGACCGAUUAGUAUGUUUGCGUGACGGUACCAACACUGGAUUAAACCAAUUCCGAUCUGGUUUGAACCAACCAAAAUCGAUAUUGCCUUUAUUUAUCUAUUGGGUCCGGUUCAGUCAGUUUAGAGCACUGCCUUAACUUGUUGCCUCGGCCACUGCCUUAACUUCUCGUCUCAGGAGAUUAUUUGUUGGCUGUCCUGAGAGAAUGCGGUUAAAAAGAGGCUUUCUUUCUUGUUAACCAAGCACAGGCGAGUGACAUGGCUGUUACACUUGAUUAAACCAAUUCCGGAAUGCUUUAAACCAAUCAAAAUUGAACUGGUUUGGUCAAUACUCUGUGGUCUUUUCUUUUGUCCGUAUCUCUUUCGACAGUGAGUUCAGGUUUGAGCUGGAAAAGGGUCGAUUCAGCAGUUGCGAUGGUGUUGAUGGUGCGGAGUGCUAAAGCUUUGAGAUCUGUUCAUCCUCGUUUCAUGCAGACAGCUACUCUGACAACUGCUUUUUUCAACAGCCGACACGAGUUCUUCUUGUCUUGCUGUGAAAGAGGCUUCUCUAGUCUCAGCAGCGAGAGAAACCUCUCUUACAAAGAGAGAUUAAGAAGUGGGCUUGUUGGUAUUAAGAAAGAUGAUGCAGUUCAUCUCUUACAGUCCAUGCUUCAGUCUCGUCCCCUUCCCACCAUCAUAGAUUUCACUAGACUGCUUAGCGCCGUCGCCAAGACUAAACAGUACGAUCUCGUCUUGUCUCUCUGCAGACAAAUGGAUGCAACGAAGGGGGUUUCGUUUGAACUCUACACUCUUAACAUAAUGAUCAACUGCUUUUGCCGGCGCCGGGAACUCGGUUUUGCUUUUUCUGUAAUGGGAAAGAUCCUGAAACUCGGGUAUGAGCCUGACACGAUCACGUUCUCGACUUUGGUAAACGGGUUAUGUCUCCAGGGUAGAGUUUCAGAAGCUGUGGCGAUUGUUGAUAGAAUGGUGGAAAUGAAAGUUAGGCCAAACCUCGUAACGCUCAACACUCUUGUCAAUGGACUUUCUCUCAAAGGUCAAGUGUCCGAAGCUGUGGCACUAGUCGAUCGGAUGGUUGAACAUGGAUGCGAGCCUAACGCAUGUACCUACGGACCGGUUCUGAACAGCAUUUGUAAGUCUGGAAACACUGGCUUGGCUUUGGACUUGCUAAAACACGUGGAAUCAAAGGUGAAGCUUAACGUAGUCCUCUACAGUAUGGUCGUUGAUAGUCUCUGCAAAGAAGGGAACCUCGACGAUGCGCUUAAUCUUUUCAAUGAAAUGGAAACGAAAGGGAUCGAAGCAAAUGUCAUCACCUACAACACUCUCAUAGGCAGCUUCUGUAGAGCGGGAAGAUGGGAUGAGGGUGCGAAGUUGCUGAGUGAUAUGAUCACAAGGAACAUCAACCCCAGUGUCGUCACGUUCAGUGCUUUGAUCGAUUGUUUUGUGAAAGAAGGAAAGCUUAAGAAGGCUAAAGAAUUGUACAAUGAGAUGAUGGCAAGGGGCGUAGAUCCUGAUACCAUUACAUAUAGCACUCUCAUCCAGGGGUUUUGUCAAGCGGGGAAACUUGAUGUCGCCAAAGAACUCUUCCAAGAGAUGGUUUCUCGCGGCGUUGAACCCAGUGUUGUGACUUAUGGUAUUUUGAUGGAUGGGUUGUGUGACAAUGGAGAAGUAGAAGAAGCAUUGGAGAUACUUGAUAAAAUGCACAAGUGUAAAACGGAUCCUGGUAUUGGUAUAUAUAACAUCAUCAUUCACGGGAUGUGUAAUGCUAGUAAGGUAGACGAUGCUUGGAACUUAUUUUGUAGUCUUCCUCUCAAAGGUGUGAAGGCUGAUGUGAAAACAUAUACUAUAAUGAUUGGAGGACUAUGUAAGAAAGGCUCGUUGUGUGAAGCAGAUAUGUUGUUUAAAAAAAUGAAAGACGAAGGGAUUGCGCCAAAUGAUUGUACAUACAACACGAUGAUCAGAGCUCAUCUAGGAGGAAGUGGUGUAGCCACUUCAGUUGAACUCAUAGAAGAAAUGAAGAGGUGUGGGUUCUCUGCAGAUGCUUCCACCAUGAAGAUGGUUAUUGAUAUGUUAUCUGAUGGGAGAUUGAACAAAAGCUUUUUGGAUAUGCUUUCUUGAGUGUCUGUUAUUAUUAGUUGAUGUCAGGUUCUUUUGGUUAUGUAAGGGUUAAAUGUGAGUUCUCGGGUUUUUUUUUCCGAUAAAUAAUAGUUAAUUAAUUACAAUGGAAGUAUUUUGGUU